AUGGAGUCCUCCCUGCAUAGCUGGUUAGGCAGCUUAACUGUUUUUCUUUUUACUCAAAAAGAGCUUCACAUGCUUGAAAUUGCUAUCGGCAUAAUAAAGGCCAAGUACCCUUCCUUCGAAGUUCCGUCAUCGCCACAAGAGAUAUAUCCCGACCUUGAUUACUUUAACGACCUUCAAGUCUCAACCACCUGCUCUAAUCAGAUGCCGGGGCUGACAGAGAUAGUCGCUCCUGUCUUGCACAACUAUCUGAGCCCAGACGCAGCUAUAGAUUCAAGCAUGUUUCAAGACUAUGUAGAGCUUCUAUCAUUUUCUCUACCUAACAAAUAUUUUAUUGAAAAUCCUCGAGUUCCGUUGGCCAAGUCAAGCCUGCCGGAGUUUAUUAGGCAACAAUGCGUCGAAGACACAGUACUAUGGCCAAUUUUCAUUGGUGACGAGCACGCUCUUGCUGUAAUAUAUCCAGAUGCGAUCCACUGGCUCUCAUGGAGUGACCACGCAGUUCCCGAUAAAGUGAUACACUCUGCGAAGGCCCUACGAAGGCGCUCACUUCCUCUCAUAAAGCUGCAGCCUCAGGCGCUCGAGCAAAACAGCUCUGGCUGGUUUGUUUUACAUUCCAUGCAACGAAUCCUGGCUGGCCAACCCUUUGUAGACUUUUCAGACCUCACAGCAUCAGUCCGGGAAACAGCGCUGACCCAUUUCAAAUGUGAGGUUCUAGCAGCGACCAAAGCUAGGACACUAAAGCCAAACGAAGAAGACUUUGCGAACUUGGUGCCUGACGCUGAUCGAACAGAGUUUUUUGAUAAUGCCAUAUACGCCAUGGAUGACCUGUUCGUAACUGAUCACAGUGACCACUCUCCAGAUUUUAUUGAGCCAGCCAGCGGCCACAUGGUUGACAAUGCUCUUUCAGUCGCACAAGAUGCCUCGCAAAAUCGCCACGGCGCUCUUUUGGUGGUGAAAGAUAUCUCGGAAAGUCGUCAAGAUUCUUCUUCAUCCAGCUCCAGCCAAUACGCCACGGAAAUCAAAUUUCGCCGCCGCAGAUCGCGCCGACCGAGUCAAGCAUUGGACUACAGAAGAACUAUUUUAAGGAACAUUAGCAAAGCGGUGCAGUGUUAUCGAUCCACACAUCUAAGCACUGAAAUGAGCGUCCCACUCCUGUGGUCUAUAUUGGAAGGGGAUCCAUCUCAUUCUGCAUUUCUUCGGCGGUACACUCUAAUAUUGUUUUACAUGAAGAUGAGUCGGCUUGAUGAUGCUGGCAUCAAGAAGGAGCUAGCCAAGGUUGGGAAUGUGAGCUUUAGCAUCAAGGAUAACAGUUACAUACGCAAGAUGAGGAAGAAACAAGAAGAAGGAAAAGCAUGGUCUGAUCUAUGCGACUUGAGGAGUGACUGGGGUCAAGACAAGUAUACACUUCUGUCUGCGGUGCCCGAAGAUAUUCGAGAAGCACCGAUAGAAGAGGUUUCUCAGGGAAUUCGAUCAGAAAACUCAGUAUUGUUCCAAAGCCUAAACGAUGCCAGAAGUCUCUGCGCCGCAUUGCUGGGGGAUACGCUUCCCAAAUGUCUUCUGAUCGACAACUAUAGCUACAAAGACAGUCGACUUAGCACUCACGACAUCAAAUUAUCCUUCCAAGCGUUUUUAAGUCUGGACCCAAGUCAGCCUAAUUCUGAGCUUCUUGACUUUAAUGAGAACUGCUUAUCUUUGGAGGAGGAACCCACAAAAUGGGAAGCAGGACUGGCUAUGAGCCCCUGA